AUGCUGGCUAAUGAACAUGGUAACCGGGGUCUCGUAGUUGGUAAAGUCAAAAGAAAUCAUUUUCUCUGCCGUCUCCUCCUCGUCCACGCUGGACUUUUACUCUUCACACUUUUCUUUUAUUUAUUCGUUCGUUUUGCUCGGCGACAAGCAAAGGAGAAAUUAAAGUAUUCUUAUUACGAUAUUACGAUCGCUGAAUCCUUUCUUUCCGUCUUUUUUCUUCUUUUCUUCGUUUGCUUUUUCCUUCACUCUUUUCUUUCUUUCUACUUUAUGCUCGUCUUUUAUCUUUAUUUUUUAUCUAUCUAUCUAUCUACCUACUUAUCUAUCUAUCUAUCUAUCUAUCUAUCUAUCUAUCUAUCUAUCUAUCUCAGUUUCAUUGAUUACUUUUUACCUGUUUCCUGUCUGUUAGCGGCCAGCGUUCCUUGCAAUCAAAGCAACAAGAGCCGUGUCUGUGAAAACCUCUCUCUUUUUUUUCUUCACCCAUUACCUCCACCUCAGAAUCAUUUUCUGUCAAUAGGAAUCAGUUUUACGGCUUUCAUUGUGGAAGUCCAACUGAUUAUAGCAACAAUAGCGUUGUUCUACCCCAUCAACCAUAUCUAUCUAUCUAUCUAUCUAUCUAUCUAUCUAUCUAUCUAUCUAUCUAUCUAUCUAUCUAUCUUAAAACUCUCCCUUUCUAUAUAUAUUGCUUAUUUGGACACAAAUUUCAACAUUGUAAGUCUAUCUAUCUAUCUAUCUAUCUAUCUAUCUAUCUAUCUAUCUAUCUAUCUAUCUAUCUAUCUAUCUAUCCCGGUGUGCGUAUCUAUCUAUCUAUCUAUCUAUCUAUCUAUCUAUCUAUCUAUCUAUCUAUCUAUCUCCGGUUGUACAUUAUGUACCCCUCUGUCUCUUUUUAUGUUAUAUCUCUCUUGCUGUAUCGGUUUGCUCUCUCUCUCUCUCUCUCUCAUGAUUUAUCUUUCUCUUUCAGUUCAAGAUCUCUCUAACGUUUUGGGACGAUCGAUCUAUCUAUCUAUCUAUCUAUCGAUCUACCUCUCUGUAUAUAUUAUAUGUAUCUUUAAUCAUAAUCUAUCUAUCUAUCUAAGUCUGUUUCUUUCAUUUUCUUUCUAUAUAUCUAUCUAUGUCAGUCUUUCUUUCUUUUUCUUUCUAUCUAUCUAUCUAUCUCUCUCAGUCUGUUUCUUUCUUUUUCUAUCUAUCUAUCUCAGCCUGUUUCUUUCUUUUUUCUAUCUAUCUAUCUAUCUAUCUAUCUAUCUAUCUAUCUAUCUAUCUAUCUAUCUAUCUCAGCCUGUUUCUUUCUUUUUUCUAUCUAUCUAUCUAUCUAUCUAUCUAUCUAUCUAUCUAUCUAUCUAUCUAUCUAUCUAUCCUGUCUCUCUUGAAGAUCUCUCUCCUCUCUGUCUGUCAGUCUAUCUCUUUUCCCGCCCUAUCUCUCUAUCCGUUCUUGAUUAUAACUCUCUAUUCAUCCUUCAAGGUUGUUGA